GCAGCGCACCGCUCCGCACCGCUUCCGGCUUCCGCACGGCCGCGGCACCCGAGCGGGCCCAGGGCAGCCGGGCCGGGGGCGCUGAGGGGGCGGUCCCGGCAACCCGCGGCUCCCCCGUUCGAGGAAGCGAGGGCGGUCGCUGGCUUCCGCGGAGAUAAAUGCCGAGAAAGACGGAGCACGGGGAUCCAGGUUGGAAGCGUGUUGCGACACGGUGUGGGGGCCUAGAUAGCGAAAAAUGCCUAAAAAGAAGACUGGUGCUCGUAAGAAAGCUGAGAACCGUCGUGAACGUGAAAAGCAGAUACGGGCUUCAAGAGCCAACAUAGAUUUAGCCAAACAUCCUUGUAAUGCUUCUAUGGAAUGUGACAAAUGCCAAAGACGACAGAAGAAUAGAGCUUUUUGCUACUUCUGUAACUCUGUUCAAAAACUACCCAUUUGUGCACAAUGUGGAAAAACCAAAUGCAUGAUGAAGUCUUCAGACUGUGUCAUAAAACAUGCUGGUGUGUACAGUACUGGACUAGCAAUGGUGGGUGCAAUCUGUGAUUUCUGUGAAGCUUGGGUGUGUCACGGGAGGAAGUGUCUCAGUACACAUGCAUGUAUCUGCCCUCUUGCAGAUGCAGAAUGUAUUGAGUGUGAAAGAACUGUCUGGGACCACGGAGGCAGAAUAUUCGCCUGCUCUUUUUGCCACAAUUUCCUCUGUGAAGAUGAUCAGUUUGAACAUCAAGCCAGCUGCCAAGUUUUGGAAGCAGAGACAUUUAAAUGUGUUUCCUGUAACAGGCUUGGGCAGCAUUCCUGCUUGCGUUGUAAGGCUUGUUUUUGUGACGAUCAUGUGCGAAGUAAGGUUUUCAAGCAGGAAAAGGGAAAAGAGCCUCCCUGCCCGAAAUGUGGCCAUGAAACUCAGCAGACAAAGGAUCUCAGCAUGUCAACACGCUCUUUGAAAUUUGGCCGGCAGACUGGAAGUGAAGAUGCAGAUGGAGCUUCUGGUUAUGAUGCCUACUGGAAGAGCCUCUCUUCCAGCAAGACUGGAGAUGCAGGUGAUCGUGAGGAUGAAUAUGAGGAGUAUGAAGCAGAAGACGACGAUGAAGAUGACAACGAUGAGGGAGGGAAGGAUUCCGAUGCAGAUACCACAGAUGUAUUCAGCAAUUUGAAUUUGGGAAGGACCUAUGCUAGUGGGUAUGCACAUUAUGAGGAGCCUGAAGAUUAAUCUUAGUAUGCUGGCAAGCUGAAAACAUUUGGGAGGAGCCAAGCAACGCUUCACUCAUGUUGUGUAUGUGCCAGUAGGGUAGCUCUAUCGGGUACUUACAUAUCUAAGUUAGAGGGUAAAGCGUGCGGGACUUCUGCAGUAACUCCAACUGAGAAUUUUUUUGGUAUAAACCAAUAUUGGGUUUCGGACUAGGGGGAAAAAUCACAAAUAUUGCUAUUCCCCUAAGCAAACAGAGGUUUUGGCCUCAGGUUACUGAGUGUAGUGGUUCAGUGCCACUUCCCCAUCAAUGCAGGAAUGUGGGAAGGCUGUACAACUCAUUUCCAUUUGCUCAUCAGAAAUUAUGUUAUUUUUUUACAGUAAUUGUUAACGGAUUUCGUAAAAUUAAUGUAGUGGUGGGUUGGUGACUGCAUUUUUUUCAUCCGCACAAUAAAAAUCAACUUCAUUCUCUCAAAUAUUGAUCUCCCUUGAAUAGUUGGAAAGCAGGUUGUACACAAAGUGUAAAUGGAGGCUAAAAUAACUUUAUGUAGGUAAGGCAGAUCAAUGUAGUUCACUAUGUACUUGAACAUUACCUUUCCAGCAUUUUUAGUAUUAGAUAUUAAUCAGUGGGAUUAUACGCAGGCAUUACAACUGCAUGCCAGAUAAUAAAUUUUAUUGCAAUAAAAA